AGCCCGCGCGCACUCCCAGGCCCCAGUCCCCACCGCGCACUCUCCCAGUCUCGCUCCAGCUCUCGGCAGGCGGCGCCCGGCGAAUCACCGAUCGGAAGCGCAGCCAGCGGCGGCGCCACUGACCGGUCUCCGCUCCCCGACUCAGGCGACCGCGAGCCCAGCCAGCCCGAAAGCCGUCAUGCGGCCACCGCCGUCGUCCCUGCUCCACCACCACCACCACCUCCUCCUCCUCCUCCUCCUCCUCGCCGACGUGCCGAGUGCUCUGUCCAAGUCCACGCUGGAGUCCUGCGCCUCGUCCACCGCCUGCCCGGCGCUCCUCUCCUACACGCUGUACGCGGACCUGAAGCUGGCCGAGGUCGCGGCGCUCUUCGCCGCCGACCCGCUCGCCAUCCUGGCCGCCAACGCCAUCGACUUCGCGGCGCCCGACCCCGCCAACCGCAUCCUCCCCGCCGGCCUGCCCCUCCGCGUGCCGGUCCCCUGCGCCUGCUCCGACGGCAUCCGCAAGGCCACCUCCGUCCGCUACGCGGCCCGGGCCGGGGACACGCUGGCGUCCGUGGCGGGGUCCGUCUACGGCGGGCACACCACCGCCGACUGGAUCCGCGACUCCAACGGCAUGCCCGAGGGCGCCGCGCUCGACGCCGGGACCACGCUCUUCGUGCCGCUCCACUGCGCCUGCUUCGGCGGCGUCGACGACGGCGUGCCCGCGGUGUACCUGACCUAUGUGGUGGCCGAGGGCGACACGGUGCCAGCCAUCGCGCGGAGGUUCCGGACCACCCUGAACGACCUCAUGAACGUCAAUGACAUGGCCACCGCCGACGUCGCCGCCGGGGCCAUCAUCGUCGUGCCGCUGCCCGCGUGUGCGUCGUCAUUCCCGGCCUACACGUCGGACGCCGGCCUGUCCGUGGCGAACGGGACCUACGCGAUCACCGCCAACCGCUGCGUCCAGUGCAGCUGCGGCCCGGGCAACCUGGACCUGUUCUGCGUGCCGGCGCCGCUGGCGGACUCGACGUGCUCCAGCAUGCAGUGCAGCAACAGCAGCAUGAUGCUCGGCAACUUCACGCUCCAGAUGACCAGCGCCGGCUGCAGCGUCACCUCCUGCAGCUACGGGGGAUACGUGAACGGGACCAUCCUCACCACGCUAACCACGUCACUGAAGCCUCAGUGCCCAGGCCCGCACCAGUUCCCUCCGCUGAUGCCGCCGCCGACGUCGUCCUUCUUCGAGACGUACCUCGGCCCGUCGCCGACGCCGACGCCAUCUGAAGGAGGCGUCGGCCCGCAGAUGGCUGGCAUGGCGCCGACGAGCAGCCCGCCGGUGAGUUCCGGGAGUCCUGCCCCAGUAGCAGGCCGGCGCGUUGGGGAUGUUCUUGCACUGCUCGCUCUCUGCCUCGCCGCCGCCAACUUGCUAUGGUAGCUGGGCCGUGACGAGCGUGUGAGAAUCAUAUCGAGCAGCAGUGUGUCCGGAAUUGAAGGGCAUUCUUUUUUUAGGACAAUUAGCAGGUGCUCUGCCUUUUCAUUAUAGUAGGAAGCAGCCUAAGUUACAGAAGUUUAGAACAACAAGGGCAUUCUUGUACAGGAGCAGUCGGCUAGCUUUUUACGGGCUCUGCGAUUGUGCCGAAUUUUGCUGUUUCUCAUUCGAUUGGUCGUUCUUGUAAAAUGCAUGGUGAACCCACGCUAGCAUACCUAUAUAGCACGUUUGUAUUUGUUACAGAACAAGUUAUUUGAUCUCAUCAAAUGCAGCCAUGGUUUCAAAGCCAUUGUAACAGCCAUGUUUAUGGCAUUAAUUAUCUUUAUUUCUGCCAUUAGAGAGAAGAAACUGAUGUACUUAUGGCUAGGAGUUACACAUUCUUGUAAUCUCCCUAUAUAUGGGAAACUUGAGAUCAAUGAGAAUUACACACAGAAUUCACUA